AUGAUCGCAAACCAACCCCAGCGUCAUUCACUCGCCACCCUGCCCGUUGGUGUUGCUACUGCCUCGAUGGGGAUGAGCCCAUGCCACACUCUGGAAAGCAAGUUUGCUGCUCUGUGUGAUGCUGGCUUCAAGAAUGUCGAGAUUGGCUAUCACAACUACGUUGCUUGGGUCAAGGAGCGAAACCCUGGGCUGAUACCCGCCAAGAGCGUGUACCCUCCAGACUGGGCCGAAAACUCGGAGCCCGACGCCGCAGACAAUGUCACCUGGCAAGCACUUUACGACAGCGCCGAGGACUGCAAGACCCUCGCAGCCAAAUACGGCCUCACGAUGACUAUGCUUCAGCCAUUCCAGCAAUGUGAUGCUUGGGAGGCCGGUUCGGCCAGAGAGGCAUGGGCUCGCAGACGUGUCGAGCGGUGGCUCCCCCUGACGUCCAAGCUGGGUAUCGAGAUUCUGCAAGUCGGCACUGCCGACAAGGUCGAAGCCAAGGGCGACGAUGCCAAAAUAGCUUCAGACUUGCGCUGGAUGGCAGAGCUUGCUGCGCGCCAGAGCCCGCCCGUCAAGCUUGCGUACGAGGCUCUGUGUUUCUCGCCAUAUGUCAACGAUUGGGAGCGCACGUGGAAGAUUGUUCAACAAGUCAAUCACCCCAAUUUUGGACUCUGCAUGGACGUUUCCCACUGGCCUCUGGCCCCAGCUUACGGCUUCAACGUCCACACUGGCGACGGAUGGAGAGACGCUGAUGUCCAGGCCUGCUUGGAACGUGUACGAGCUGUGCCCAAGGACAAGAUCUUCUACGUCGAGAUUUCAGACCUCAUCGCACCUGACGUUACGAAGCCAUUGGGCAAGGGAAGCAUGUUUGACGCUUGGACUGUUGAGAACAAGCCACCCCAGGGCGACGUGUUUGCCUGGAUGAUCUGCUCUCGCUCCGUUCCACUGGUCGGUCGAGAUGCUGGGCUGGUCGGACCAAAGGGCGACCUCGGCGCCAGGGUGGUCGACUGCCUGCGGGCCCUGCUUGACACUGGAUAUGGCGGGCACGUCGUGUUCGAGCAAUUUGAAGCCAUCAGGAUGGCAGAAGACGACUCCGCCAUUCCGACAGAGUACGCCCUGGCGUGCGCAGAGUCAUGGACGUUGUUGUCGAAGGAGCUUUGA